UCCAACUCGCAGAGAGCCUCCUGCCUCAGCCUCCCGAGUGCUGGAAUUACGGAAGGGCGUCACCAGGCCCAGCUUGGGACCCCAGUCUUCUGACAGUACUGGGCUCGUCCCACCCCUACAGCGGCGGAGGGAUUUGCAGGGAUCUGGCUGGAAGGAACAGUGGUCACCCUGGCGGGGGAGGGGGCGGGACAGAGCCACCCUGGACCCGGAGCGGUGUGCAGAGCCGAGGAAGGAGGGGGCGCUGCAGGGACGCUGCCAGCCCCGCCCCACCCCCCUGCGGCUCUGCACCCUGGCGCCGAAGCGCCCCGCCACCACCGCCACCACCGCCGCCCACAGGUGGCGCCCAUCCUCAUCAGGGCUUCUACGCGGGGGCGGGGCGGCCACAGAGAUUGGGACGGGGGCUGGGCAGGCACCAUGGAGGCCGAUCAUCUUGCCUCGGACCUGCUGAGGGAGCUGCUGGCGCCGCCCUGUCUGGACCCCGAGUCGCUCCCAGGACCCUCCGCCCAGCGGCAGCCGCGUCCCGUGCGAUGCCCCAGAGCCAGUGGCAGGUCCCUCUGGCCCGUGUGUCACGACUCUGUCACGAUCCUGCGACUUCUCCAAGAGACGGAAGAGGGCCAGGCCCGGGCCCCCACUCAGGCCACGCAGGCCCGGGGGACCUUCUGGGAACCUAUGGCCCAGGGGUCUUCCGGCCCGCGGACCAUGGCCAGAAGUUCCAAGAACAAGCAGACUCCAGGCAGCCGAAAGUGUCGAGGCCAGGAGUCCCUUGGGACGCCCGCAGGUCCGUCCCAGAGGAGACCUAGGAAGCAGCUGAAGCCCCGCCAGGGAGCCGAGCGGGUAGACCCCGGGUUUAAGGGGGUGACCCUGAAGUUCCAGAUCAAGGCAGAUUCCAGCCUGCAGAUCUCACCCACCUACAGCCUGGCGGGCAGCAGGCAGACCGAGGGAGCGCCCGAGAGCCCCGCCAGGGCCGCUGAGCCCAAUCCCAGAGGCGGCGAGGCCCUAGGCCCCCGGCGCUGUGCUUCCUGUAGGACCCAGCGGACACCCCUGUGGAGAGAUGCGGAAGAUGGGACCCCGCUCUGUAACGCCUGUGGUAUCAGGUAUAAGAAAUAUGGUACCCGUUGCUCCGGUUGCUGGCUGGUGCCCAGGAAGACCGUGCAGCCCAAAAAGCUGUGUGGCAGAUGCGGGGUGUCCCUGGGUCCUCUCGAGGGCCCACCUCAGGCAAUGUAAACUGCCCUUCAGCCAGCUGAGCCUCUUCUGCCUCAGUUUCCAAGAGGAAAGAAGGGGAGACUCCUAGGAGAGGAGAAACCCUGACGCCUGCCUCCCAUGUGUGAAUCCCGGGGAGACCGGCCCCCACUGUCCCCCUUCCCCAACCAGGCUUAGCUAGGCACCAAAUAAAGCAAGUUCUCAGCA